GAAAUAAAAUGGCGUCUUCAGAUGAGGACGAAGGAGUACUUGCGAUAAAACACCGUAAAGUAGCCUUUGUUCACUCUGAAGACUAUGUAAAUCUAUGUGAUAAACUUCCUAAAGUACAGGGCAGAGCAAGUCUUACCACGUCUUUGAUUGAAGCCUACGGACUCCUAGAGGACAGGAAUAUUAGCAUUAUCCCUCCCAAAAGAGCAUCAAUCAAUGAGCUGACAGGAUUUCACUCUAAUGAGUAUAUAGAAUGUUUGAAAAACUACAGUGAUCUUGAUGACGAGGAUGAAAUUAACCAAUUUGGACUUGGGUAUGAUUGUCCAAUGUUUGAAGAUGUUUUUAAGACCAUUUCUGCUAUUGCUGGAGGAACAAUAGUAGCAGCUGAGGCGCUGAAGAGUGGACAAGCCAAUGUAGCCAUCAACUGGCAGGGAGGAUGGCAUCAUGCACAAAGGGAUGAAGCCGCUGGGUUCUGCUACGUCAAUGAUAUAGUUCUUGGUAUUUUAAAGCUCCGUGAAAAGUUUAACAGAGUUUUGUAUGUUGAUCUUGAUUUGCAUCAUGGUGAUGGGGUAGAAGAUGCUUUCUCAUUUACUCCRAGAGUCAUGACUGUCUCUUUCCAUAAAUAUGCUUCAGGAUUCUUUCCAGGAAGUGGUUGUUGCAAUCAAGUUGGGAGAGGAAAAGGACGAUACUAUUCCCUUAAUGUCGCAUUGAAUGAUGGAAUCACUGACAGACCAUUUGUUGAAGUCUUCAACAGAGUAAUGGCUAAAGUGCAGUCCAAAUACAAACCAGAUGCCAUAGUAUGCCAGUGUGGAGUAGAUACGCUAGCAGGGGAUCCUAUGGCUUCCUUUAACCUCACCCAGUUCGGAGUGGGUCGGUGUGUUAAGAACCUUUUAUCAUGGGGUAUCCCAACACUUCUUCUUGGUGGAGGUGGUUAURAUAUGACUAAUACUGCUCGCUGCUGGACCUAUUUAACAAGUGUUGUGUUGGGAAGACUCUUACCUAAUGACAUACCAGAACAUGAGCAUUUCCUGGCUUAUGGACCAAGCUAUCAGCUUGCAGUUACCACAGGACCACAACCAGACCUGAACAGCAAUGAAGACUUGAAGAAUGCCAUCAAGAAAGCUCUAGGAAACCUUCAAAAUAUUCAAUAAAGAUGACGUACAGCAAGGAGUCUGUCUUCCUACAAAACUCAGUUGCGUUGUAUAUAGAAUUUAAUAUUCCAUUUUUAUCACAUUUGUACAGUUUUAUUCAAAUCAAAUAUUUUAUUUAUUAAGUUGGUUUCUUGUAUAAACCAACAGUUAUUGAGUUUUGUUACCAGUAAUAGAUAUGCUACUUUCUAUUACCCUUUCCAUAUUAUUUUUAAUAUUUCCCAAUGUUAGAAUCGAAAGAAGAGAAAAUUCUUUAUCAAAAACAUUAUUUUAUUA